CACAGAAACACGCAUCACGUUAAGCGAUCACGUUGGUGCGUUAGUUUCCGGCCGCUCUCAGUCUCGGUGUGACCGCAGCGCGUAACCGUUCGGAACCGUUUUUUAACAGAAAUGUCGGGUGUAGUGCGAGGCCCCGCUGGGAACAACGACUGCCGCAUCUACGUGGGGAACCUCCCGCCUGAUAUCCGCACGAAAGACGUGGAGGACGUGUUCUACAAGUACGGAACGAUCCGGGACAUCGACCUGAAGAACCGGAGAGGAGGGCCGCCCUUCGCCUUCAUCGAGUUCGAGGACCCGAGGGACGCAGAUGAUGCGGUCUAUGGACGGGACGGUUACGACUAUGAUGGAUACAGGCUGCGGGUGGAGUUCCCUCGCAGCGGCAGAGGCUCCAGAGGCGGCGGCGGGUAUGGAGGGAUCGGUGGAGCCCCCAGAGGGAGAUACGGUCCCCCGUCCAGACGCUCCGAGUACAGGGUCAUUGUGUCAGGUCUUCCUCAGAGCGGCAGCUGGCAGGACCUGAAGGACCACAUGCGUGAGGCAGGUGACGUGUGCUACGCCGACGUUUUCAGAGACGGAACCGGGGUUGUAGAAUUUGUGCGCAAAGAAGACAUGACCUAUGCCGUUCGAAAGCUGGACAACACCAAAUUCCGCUCGCACGAGGGAGAGACUGCUUACAUUCGUGUGAAAUUAGACGGUCCCCGCAGCCCGAGUUACGGACGAUCACGCUCCCGCAGCCGUGGCAGCCGGAGCAGGAGCCGGAGUCGCAGCGCCAGCCGCAGCCGCAGCAAUUCCCGAGGCCGCGGCAGAGGAUCGCCACGCUACUCGCCUCGUCACAGCCGCUCUCGCUCCCGAUCCUAAAACUUCCUGACCCAUGUUUUGAUGUGUUCCUCCUCCUCCUCCUCCUCCUCCCCCCCUCCUCCCUGUUUUUACCUCCUUAUGAGUUUGUCCAGAUGUUGAUUUUUAAUUUUUUUUUUCCAUUUCAUGUCCCGAUGUCGUUGUGGACGAUCUUGGUAUGUAGAUGUAUCCUCUCUCCUCACCCUCUCUGUAGCCGCUUCGUCCUCUUGUCUCCUCCUUCCUGUUUCCUCCCACCUUUUGCAGCGGUAGAGAUUCUCGCUGCGCCGACCGUCAAAAACGCCGAGUUUGUGAAACUCUGUGCUUUUGAGUAUGAAAAUGACUUUUGUUGUUUUUUUUGUUUUCUUUUUUAAAAACACUCGUCUGUUGUUGGUUGGUUGGUUGGAUAAUGUGGGGUGGAUCAGUCUGGAUGGGAAGCUGGAUGCUUAACUGUAUUUUACCCUUGUGUCUUCCUUUAGACAUCUGAAGAGAAGGAUUAAAGUGAUUUGGAAUAAAA